AUGACAACCCUCGAAGAUCCAAAAAACGCAACCCGCGCAACCCCAACCAUAACCCCAUCCCAAGCAACCCUCCACAUCGGCAGCUCAACCACCAUAUCCGCCCCCUCAUCCACCGUCUGGGCCGCCCUAACCAACACCUCCACCUGGACAUCCUGGAACUCCUUCGUACCGCGCGUAACCAUCAGCUCCCAACCCACAGAACCAACAACCACGACCACAGCUCCAAACCCCACACCCGCACCAUCGCAAGCCAGUCACACCCAAUCCACUCCAGCCCAAGAGCUAUGCCCAAUCCUGCAAAAUGGAACAAGGCUCACCUUCCACGUCCGCAUGGACCCAACCUCAACUUCGGCAAAACCGCAAGCUGCGGUUGACACACAUGUCGUCGUGACGGAGUGUCGUCCGCCGAAUGCGGAUACGGGUGAAGGGGGUCGGAUUGUGUGGGCUCGGGUGCAUGAGAUUAAGGAUGUUGAGGGUGGGACGGAGGUGAGGAAUUGGGAGGCGCAGGUUGGGUGGCUUGCUUAUGCUGUGAGGUGGAUGUAUGGGGCUAGACUGCAGGCGAACUUUGAGUUGUGGGUUGAUGAUUUGAAGCGGUUUGUUGAGGGAGGUGGUGAGGUUGUUGCUUGA